GGAAGAAGGGGCUCCCCUGAUCGUCCCUCCCCACCCUGUCUUCGACGAAGCCACACCGAAGAAUGUCUCUGGUUUGGCGGGCAAUGCAGCCUACCUUCACUGUCUCGUCCACAACCUCGCCAACAAAAGCGUUUCAUGGAUCAGACGCGAGACCUGCAUAUCCUGACGGUAGGGCGGUACACGUAUACGACGGACGAGCGGUACGAGGUGAUCCACGCACCGGGGUCGAAAGGACUGGAUCCUGAAGAUCAAGUAUGCUCAGGUCAGGGACACCGGCUACUACGAGUGUCAGGUCUCCACGAAGCCUGUCAGGACUACCAGGUCAAGCUCAAUAUUUUUGCUCCCCACGCCGAAAUCAUCGGGUCCCCUGAUAUGCACGUGGAUAAAGGAUCCACGAUCAAUCUCACCUGCAUCAUUGCGCACAGUCCCGAGCCGCCGACUUACAUCUACUGGUAUCACAAUGGAAAAGUGAUCACCUACGACUCUCCCAGGGGAGGCAUCACGAGUGUCACUGAGAGAAGCAACUCCACCACGGGAUAUCUUCUCAUUCAGAAUGCUCAACCCCCCGACUCAGGCAACUACUCCUGUUCCCCAUCCAACACAGCCGCUACCUCCCUAAGGGUUCACGUCCUGAAUGGUGAGACCCCAGAAGCCGUGCAGACAAACGGCGGAGGCGCUGUCCGGCCGUCGGCAUCUUUCUUCACUCCGUCGCUUCUGUCUUGCCUCUUCUCGUACUUCUGCUCUCUCCUUCUCCUAAGCGUCGUCCGCAAUAGCGAGUUUCAUGCAGCCUGCAACAGCGAGGGUCAAGUGGUCUUCAACAGCAAGACUCAAGUGGGGCACACGUUCGAAUCUCGAGGCUCCAGGCCCUCCUCUCGGGUGCAACAAGUCACCGGUGGAAGCAAUACUUGAGAAGCUGCGGAUAACGAAGUCCUCCUGAGCGGAAUUCUCUGGUCAUGAAAUUCAGAGUCGAGUGUUGCAGCCUUGUGGUCUUGUGUAGGGAAGAAAAGACCGGGUGGAGUUAAGCGUUUCUGAUGUGAAGCUCUCUGACGAAUAUCUCCUGAUCAUUCAGAAAUACUCAAACGGAGGAGAUCGAAGUGUCGGCUCAGAUGAAAAUUCUCUCUCUCUCUCUCUCUCUCUCUCUCUCUCUCUCUCUCUCUCUCUCUCUCUCUCUCUCUCUCUCAUAUAGAAAUCAAAUUCACUAAUUUUGGAUAUUCAUUUCAGUCCUUUGCCAACAGCUCCAUAUUUUCCAUAUUUUGAGCUCUCUCUCUCUCUCUCUCUCUCUCUCUCUCUCUCUCUCUCUCUCUCUCUCUCUCUCUCUGGAACUCAGUUGGCUGACAAGAAUAUUGGAUCAUGAAGUAUUUAUCCGAAUUUUAUUCUUCAAAGGAAAUUUCAUGUUUAAAGCAUCACUUAGUUUAGUCAUACAACUUGCAAUGUUACAUUUGUUUGUUUCCCGUUUCACUUCUCUUCCUGCUGACAUCACGAGGCGGUGACUUAUUCCAUCGGAGGUACUCUCACAAUAGACUUAUGCCGUGCCUUGACUGUAAAACUACUGUUAGGAUUUUGCUAAGUGUUGUAUACAAAUCCUUGAAAUGUCCUUUAGCACCAAGCAGAGAGACUUGAGGAUAUUUUCCGUGUAUCCUAGUGAAUCCUACCCUACUUUCAUACCGGCAGGCAAAAGCCAACAUUGACUUUGUGCUUAAGGUAAAAUAAGUACUUUUAAUUGUGUGUAUGAAAAUGAAAAGAUUAAUUGUGUACGAGAAUUAUAAAUAUUUUUUUUUCUUUGUGAAAAAAAAACAGAAAAACAUCAUAUUUGAUUAUUUGUGGAUGAAGAGUAACGACUGGUUAUGUAUUCAUGUGCAAAAUCUUGGAAGACUUAUUGCAUUAUAUAUCUACAAAUACUGGAAAAAUAUAUUUGAUUAUAAUUUGCGUACGAAAGGAAAAAUCAAUUUUUUCUAUAGGUGUUAGAAACUGCAAAAACCACUGGAAUAAUUUUGUAUGAACAAUGGUAAAUUUUUUUAUCCCCACAAACCGUGAAUUUUCGUGUUUCGAUUUAAUGAAAAGGCCAUCGGAGAGAAAAUAAUUUGAUACAUCGGUUCAAAUGACAACAAAAGAGGACCAGGAUUCUUAACGUCAAAAGAAACGGAGACAAUUGUGUAAAUCACUGUCGUGAACUGCAUUUAAACUAAGGUGCUAAUCCAGCGACAUUUUUUACUUGGUGUCGAUAAUUAUACAUUCCGUGAAUGGCGUAGUAAAAGUAUUGUAUACAUAGCGCGGUUUCUUCGUUAAAAUUUCACGAAAUAACUAUAUCUCAUUCAUGUAUAUUACUGUAGAUUGUGUAGGUGGUGUUAUUUCGGAUCUAAGGAAGUCUUCUUCUUCUUCUUCUUCUUCUUCUUCUUCUUCAUUUUUAGUACAAAUUCAUAGUCAAAGAAA